AUGAUUGCGCUCAAGUCAGCUCAACGUCUUCCACGAGGUCUUACCGUGGAAUGGAUGGAUGGAAUGCGAGCACAGUUCAGUAAUGUUUGGCUACGAGAUAAUAGCCUACAUAUGAGACCGGCGCUGGUCCACCUUGACCUAAAUCCAUGCCCUCAGAAAGUUGACCUAUCCGGGAAUUGUGUGGCUCUCGAAUGGCCACCGUUCCUUCGCGCUGAAUUCCCCAGUGAGUUCCUCCGGUCACAUAGCCGAGUACAGCCUGGAACUAAUCUUUGCAAAACUCCCAAUAAAAUGAUUCUAACAAAACCGUGGCGAAUCCAACAACGACCCACUUCAAACGAUAUGCGCCAUAUUGGUGCAAUGAUUUGGAAAGAACCACUUGUGAUCAACGGGACAGUAUGGCCACACCUUCAAAAGAUUCCAUCCGUGGUUACGGUAGAGACACGCUAUAACGGAGCUCGUAUCAGCCUCGUCGAUGCUGUGAACGCUUUGAAACGAUUCGCUGAAGAAUAUCCACAAUAUUUUCGAUUUAUGCUCGACAAUCCGAUCGAGUAUCAGCAUGCGUUCUUUAAGGCUUCACAUCAACUUGCGAACGUUGACGGGAAUAAGAUUGUAUCGGCUGUUUUCAAUAACGACUAUCGAUCCAGUCAAAUGACCACCGAUAAUCUGGAUUUAUUCUACCGAAGCCUUAAAUCCUUCUAUAAUAUUUGUUGUGAGAUGCAACAGGAAGUGUACAUAAAUUCGGAUGAACUGCUUGUGGUCGACAAUUCCCAGAUGUUGAUAGGAGCACCGGCUCAAUGGGGUCGUGAGAUGCGACUGCAACCUCACCACCUACUUCACCUAUUUGAGAAGAAAAAAUAA